UGCGUACUAUAGAAGAAUAAGAAAAAGAAGAAAAAAGACUAUACUAACGAGGAAAGCAACUAGAUGCACAGACUUUCUCCCAUAUCUGAGUAAGCUAUUUCGAAGGAAGUUGUUUUUCUGUGCUCUGGACGGCUUGUCUAUCUGUAGAAUUAUAAAUCACAUCAGACGUGCCGUGGGAAUACUUGUCUUUUUGUGUACCAGGAUUUCAGUGUCCUUUGGCAGUCCUUCAACGGGUUAGAAACACCAGCUGGCAGUAUUGAAGGUGUCUUCAUUUCCUCUCCAUCACUCCUUUUUUUUUGUGUGAGGGUCAUUAAGGGGUGAGAACAAGGGUAGAGAAGCAUCUCGUUGGAGACGGAUCUCAUGUGCUGGCUGGAUGCGCUUGUGAUUACCAACAUUUGUUGUUGAAAGAAAAGACAACACCAAUACAGCAGUUGCGAAUCGUUUUGAUUUCUGAAAGGACUACACUAGCCGCAAAUUUCGUCAAAGGGAAAGAAUACGCUGACUGAAGAUCAACAUGAGCUGCCUCAUCUUGCGAAAUGUUCUGGCUUGCGCCCUGCUUCUGAUCCUCUGGAGAGGACCCUUCACAGCCGUGGCGGUGGAGUACAGCCAGGUGCCUGACAACAUCACCGUUCUGGAAGGAGAGAACGUCACCCUGAGGUGUAAGAUUGAUAUGGAGGUAACCCAUAAAGCCUGGCUCAACCGCUCCAGCAUCCUCUUCACCGGCGACGACAAGUGGUCGCUGGACCCGCGCGUCUCACUGGUCAACAGCAACAGCAGCGACUUCACCAUCCAGAUCGAGAACGUGGCGGUGGCCGAUGAGGGCCUCUACCUGUGCAGCCUGCAGGCGCGCAACAAGCCCCGCGUGUCCCUCGUCUACCUCAUAGUGCAAGUGCCGGCCAGGAUCGUCAACAUCUCCCAGGACGUGUCUGUGAACGAGGGCGGCAACGUCAACCUCUACUGCCUGGCGGAGGGCCGUCCCGAACCCACCGUGACCUGGAAGACGGCCAAAUAUGGCCUGAUGAGCGAGGGCGAGUUCUUGGACAUCACCGAGAUCAAGCGGAACCAGGCCGAGGAGUUUGAGUGCAUCACCAGCAACGGCGUGCUCCAGCCGGACGCGCGGCGCGUCAAGGUCGUGGUCAACUAUCCUCCUACCAUCACAGAUGUGAAGCAUCUCAGUUCGGCUCAGCUGGGGAAGACCGCUCUCCUCCGCUGUGAGGCCAUGGCUGUGCCAACCGCCACCUUCGAGUGGUACAAGGAUGACCACAGACCUGUAGAAAGUGACAACACCCUCCGGAUCAAGAACGAGAAGACGCGUUCGCUGCUCCUCUUCACCAACGUGACGGAGAAGCACUACGGCAACUACACCUGCUUCGCCUCCAACCGCCUCGGAGCCUCCAACGCCAGCAUGCUACUACUGCGACCAGAGGCAGCGUACAACGGAGGCGUUUCAGACGGGAGUCGUGUGAAUGGCCUGGGCCUUUGGCUAGGCCUGUCCGCAUGUGUACUCCUGAAAGCCUAGAGCCUGUCUCGUCCCUCCCCCACUCCCCCUACCGACAAUGUGAGGAAAAAGAGAAGAGAAGACGAGGAUGAAGAUGAAGACGAAGGUGGUGAUGAUAACGAUGGCUAACAAGAAGAAGAAAAUGAUGAUGAUGACGACGACGAAGGAGUCUUUAAUUAUGAACCCAUCACUGUGAACAAAAAGAAUUAUGCAUUAAGUCCAGGAGCCAUCGCUGCAUCACACAGCAAAUCCAUCCUCUCCCUCCCUCUCUCUCUCUCUCUCGUUCUCUCUUUCUCUCUCUCUCUCCUUCUCUGUCUCCUUCUCUCUCUCUUUCUUCUCCUACAUCCUCCUUGUCUUCUCCUGUUCAGUCUGUUCCAUCUUCAGAUCAUCUUCAGCUUUUCACCAGGCUCUGUUAUGUGUUCAUGAUGAAGGUCAACCUGAUGUAAUGAUGAUAACAAUAACAACAGCAUCAAUAAUAAUAAUAAUAAUAAUAAUAAUAGUAAGCCCAGUCAGCUUCAGCUUAUUCACUUUACGUAUGUGCAUUAAGAUGAUUUUCCAUUGAAGCUGAUGUUAGUGUGAGGGCCAGGAUGGUGGUGAUGGUGAAGAUGAUGGUGAAGAUGAUAACAAUAAAACUAGACCAUGCGACCUUUUAAAUGACAGAUGUCGGAGGCCACUCAUCAGCAGAGCCUGGUGACCUUCUGCCCACUGCGCAGCAUGUAAAAUAUUUGGAUGGCGCCCCCUCUGGGCACUCUUGAUACUGCUGCUACGAAUGAUGUCAAUACACACACCGCAUUCAGCAUCCUAUUUCUCUCCAUCCAUGACCGACCGACCAUGGGACAGUGGCCAUCUUUAUGUUCCGCAUCUUCACGUCCAGUUCGCUCAUUCAUACCUCUCACCUCAUACACCUCUCUCCGCCUAUCAGAGUCGUCCCAGUGUAAAUAUGCAGCACAGAGGCCAAUGUCACAGUCCCCACAUUUGGCUUAUUUCUAAGGAAACAAAAAAAAAACCACACACACACACAAGCUACAAAAAAAAAAAAAAAUGUUACCCAUAAUCCAGUCUGUCUGAGUACCUCUUGACCAGGAGGAAGUGUCUUCAGUGUCGCCUACUUUGAGUGCAGCCAUUACCAUUCUCCUCUGUCUCGCUUGUGGAUAGCAUGUACCGGUUAGAGAUGUCCCCUUGUUGUGACCCCUCUCGUCCCCUGCCUCCCCCCCCAGGCCC